ACGGGCAUAUGAUUAUGAGAUACUCUAAUCAAAGUCCCAUCACAAGCUUUGGAAGAAAAGAAUCGAAUGAUUCCAUAAGAAAAAAAAAGCUUAAGACAAUAAUAUAAACUAUUUCGCAUUUUUAGCGAAAGCAUAUGAUUAAAUGGGAAACCUAUAUAUAAAAUUAUUACACACACUUAUUGAAGAACUUUUGUGUUUAUUAUAUUGAUUAAUAACUAACCUUAGAACGCGCAAAUCACAAGCUCACAUGCUGCUUCCUCUUAGUUCGUCCAUUAUAUAAACAGACCCACGCCACUUCUUCCUCCAAACACAUUCCAAAACAUCUCACUCCUCAAUCUACAAACAAACCAAACAAAACAAAACUUCACUACCUAUACUUCGAUCAAAAUCACCCAAAACCUUAUCCUAUUUUUACUACAUAUAAUCUUGAUUUGUUCAAAUUCACCCCUUAAAAAUGGAGAACAUGUUUAGGCUCAUGGGAAGUGAAGAUUUCUCAGACAGAAGACGUUGCAUUUGGGUUAACGGUCCGGUAAUCGUCGGAGCCGGGCCAUCGGGUCUUGCCACAGCCGCUUGCCUCCGCGAGCAAGAUGUUCCAUUUGUGGUAUUGGAGAGAGCAGAUUGCAUUGCUUCACUAUGGCAGAAACGUACUUACGACAGAAUCAAACUUCACUUACCAAAGAAAGUUUGUCAAUUACCUAAAAUGCCUUUCCCGGAAGACUACCCGGAAUAUCCAACAAAACGACAGUUCAUCGAUUACCUUGAGUCCUACGCAAACAAAUUCGAAAUUACUCCUCAGUUCAACGAAUGUGUUCAGUCCGCUCGAUACGACGAGACCAGUGGUCUUUGGCGCAUCAAGACAUCAUCCUCGUCUUCCUCGGGGUCGGAGAUGGAAUACAUCUGCCGGUGGCUAGUGGUGGCGACGGGAGAAAACGCGGAGAAAGUUGUACCAGAGAUCGACGGGCUCAAAACAGAGUUCGACGGCGAGGUGAUCCACUCGUGUGAGUACAAAUCCGGAGAGAAAUACAGAGGAAAGAGUGUUCUUGUCGUCGGAUGUGGAAACUCAGGCAUGGAAGUCUCGCUUGAUCUCGCAAAUCACAAUGCUAAUGCCUCCAUGGUUGUUCGUAGCUCAGUUCACGUGUUACCAAGAGAGGUUCUUGGCAAAUCAAGUUUCGAAAUCUCAAUGAUGUUGAUGAAGUGGUUUCCUCUAUGGCUAGUAGACAAGAUUCUACUCAUUCUCGCAUGGCUGAUUUUGGGAAACUUGACAAAGUACGGGCUAAAAAGGCCUAAGAUGGGCCCGAUGGAGCUCAAGGUUGUCACAGGGAAGACUCCAGUUCUUGACAUUGGAGCUAUGGAGAAAAUCAAAUCCGGUGAAGUAGAGAUCGUUCCCGGAAUCAGACGGUUUACUCGUAGCCAAGUGGAGCUUGUAGACGGUCAGAGAUUAGAUCUUGAUGUUGUGGUACUCGCCACGGGUUACCGUAGCAACGUACCUUCAUGGCUCCAAGAAAAUGAUAUGUUUUCGAAAAACGGGUUCCCAAAAUCGCCGUUUCCAAACGCAUGGAAAGGGAAAUCGGGACUUUACGCGGCCGGAUUCACAAGGAAAGGAUUAGCCGGAGCAUCAGCAGACGCCGUUAACAUCGCUCAAGACAUUGGAAACGUGUGGAGAGAAGAGACCAAACGACAGAAAAUGAGAACACGAGUGGGUCACCGCAGAUGCAUCUCAGUUGCUUAGGCCUCAAGUUAGGGCUGGCUUAUACCAUCAUUAACUUUAUUCUAAAGGGUUGGGGUAAGAAAAAGAAAAAAAAAGAAAAAAAAAAAAACAGAGUGUUCAAUUUAUUAUUUCAUUUUUUUUUGUAAACAAAAAGUAUACAGACAGAUAGAUAUAAGAGAGCCCUCUCCUGAAGACCCAACGGUGUCGUUUUUGAAGGCUGCAUGGGCGUUUUGUAUAACUAGGAUGAUGUGGCGUUUCUCUUCA